AUGGCCUCCUCUCAGUCCGAAACAAUUGACUACCAAUACCUUCCUGGACCCGUUGGCGACCUUCUACGACCAGCUCCUUACAGCACCACUGCCCGCAUUCCUAUCUCCCCCAGCACCUUCCUCAUCGUUACAACCGGGCACAUUGGCCUCUCACUGGAUGAUGGUUCCAUCAUUACUACAACUGUUGAGACCGAGUUCAAUGCUAUCUUCGACUGCCUCGAUACCGCGCUGAAACACGCAGGCGCGAAAGAUGGAUUAUUUAACGCCUACCGGUUCACGGCUUAUCUCACUAGUGCAGAGUACGAGGGAACGAUGCAGGCGGUGUUUAGAAGCAGGUGGCCAGGUCAUGCACCUACGUGGACGAACGUCAUUGUCAAGAGCAUCAACGUACCCGAGGCCAGAGCAGAGAUCAAUUGCGAGGCAGCAAUAUUUCACUGA